AUGUCAAAAGCAAUUGUCAACACUACACCUUACCCCUUCAACUUCAACCCUCCCGUCGUGGAGAAGCAUGGCAAGCCGGGUAUAACGGAAGACCUGACCGUAACACUCCGGAAUGUCAGAGGCAAAAUCCCGUCGGUCCAGGCCUCUCGUCUCCGGACGAUGAUGCUGGAGGCGCAUAACGAUCCUUCCAAGAUACUUGCGCACGCAUGCACAUAUGAUGGGCUUUCUUCUCGUCUUGUUGAGGAAGCAGGCUUUCCUAUGGUGUUUUUGGCGGGUUAUGCUGUUGCUAGUGCAUAUGGACUUCCUGAUACGGGAUACAUUGCUAUGUCCGAAAUGUGCGACAAGAUCAAAGAAGCUGUGAGCCAGGUUUCUGUACCUGUCAUGGCUGAUGGUGAUACCGGCUAUGGAAGUCCUCUCAACGUACGAAGAACUGUUGAGAGUUUUGCAGAGGCAGGAGCUGCCGGUGUUAUGAUCGAAGACCAGACAUGGCCAAAGCGCUGCGGCCAUACGAAGGGGAAGUCCGUGGUCUCACGAGGUGAAGCAUACGCACGAAUUCAGGCUGCCUGCGAUGCUAGAGACCAGGGUCAAGACAUUUUCGUUCUCGCUAGAACGGAUGCGCUUGUCAUAGGAUGGGAGGAAGCCAUUACUCGUGCUAAGGAGUUCAAGAGGAUUGGUGUGGAUGCUGUCUUUGUCGAGGCUCUACCGGAUCGAGAGGCAAUGCGAAAAUGUGUGGAGGAGCUGCAGCUUCCUACUUUCGCAAACAUCAUCGAAGGUGGCAAGACAGAGAAUCUGUCAGCUAAGGAUCUGGCGGAGCUAGGCUUCUGUGCAGUGGCCUAUCCUUGGACACUGGUCGCUGCCAAGCUCAAGAGUAUUCGUGAAACACUCGAAGACUUGAAAAAGAGCAUGACGCUCGGAGCGCCGCCAAUGAUAUUGUCCUUUGAUGAAGUUUGUGAAGGGGUUGGAUUUAACAAAUAUUGGAAAUUGGAGGAAAGAUACAAGUAUCAAGAUGAUGGCCUGGUGCACGCCAACGGGUCGUUCCACUGA